AUGGCGGAUGCUGAUCAUCACUCCGAUGCCGACUCCCUGGCCUCUACAGUUGCCAGUAUAGAAGGAUCCGAAUACGAGGUGGAAGAGAUCCUCUUCGAACGCAUUUCCAAGAAAACCGGCGAAAAGAAGUAUCUGCUCAAAUGGGCAGAGUAUCCUAUGCAUCGAGCAACAUGGGAGCCCGCGGAUAUGUUCCUGGAGAUGGACGACGCCUUGCUUAACUGGAAGGCGAAGAGGUCCCGGAUCAUAGAAGGCAUUGACCCUCCAUUUGACCUAGUGAAAUGGGAAAAAGACCUCAAGGAACGGCGCAGAGAAACAGCAAAACGAAAGGAAGCUCGUCGAAAAGAACGCGUGAGGAGAGCAGCUCAGAUCACCGACUUCCAAGAUCAAGAUGGGCAUCAACCUGACCGUGAGGAUGACGAUGAGGAUGUCUCCAAUCCCGCCGAUGUCAUCGGAUCAGACUCGAGUCCUCACGGAUCUACAUCCAAAUCUUGGAAGUCACCACAAGAGGUGCCUUUACCGCAGGCGUGCACCGGUUUGGCUCCAGGCGGUCAGCUUCUCACUAGUCGAUCGCGUCGCGAGAGUCCUCUGUCCGACUCCUCGAUCGUCUCGUCUCUGUUUGUUUCCGCGAAUACUCCACAACCAGACAGCCGAGCUACUCAGCUCGCAUCAAACCAGGGAGACCUUCUGCUUCCCACUUCUACAGCUGCUCAACCUCGACAGGCUCUUUCGCCUCAGUCACCCCGGGUUGGAUCUCAACCUCCGCCUUCUGGCCCCUCUCAGACAUGCCACGAUACUCUACAGACCUCUCCCACCCCGAGCUCGAAGCAGGAUACCGUCUCCGCUACAGAGCCUGGCCAAAAGCUAGGGCAGAUUUUAACACCCCAAGCAGAGCCGCUACGAGAGCCUCAGCAUCAACGAUCGCAGGCGUUACCUAGCCAGGUUGCCAAGCAGCCGGCAUCAAGACCGCCCUACUCUGCCUUCGGAACGGCUAAAUUAAGUGAUCGCGAAGCCGAUCCUAGCCAGUUAGACCUCCGAAAGCCCUCUGAAUUCCCUGCAAGGUUAGCAGGCGCAAGUUCUGUCCCUUUUGCCAAGGUCACAACAUCGGAAAUUACUCGACCUGCGUCUAAGAUCGGAGAGAAAUCCACACCUACGUAUUCUGUUCCAUCCCAAACUCCGACUAUUUCAAGUGCGCCGCGUCCGGGGUCUUCCGACAUCAUACCGCCCCUCCCAACGACUCCUUCGGCUCAUCUUGAAAAUGAAAUGACCCCUAUGUUCCCCCAAUCGUCUUCCCGCGGUCCUCCUUUCAGAUCUGGGGUCGAUUUACACCGGCCAGGUGGUGCUACAAGUGGCGAUUCCCCUCGGCAUCAACAACCACGCCAACGGUCACCCGAGUCACGUCCUAGAUCUCCCGUGCAGCGUCCAAGAUCCGCUGGAUCGCAACCGCGCUCCCCAGAGCCACAGCCAAUAUCGCCAGGGUCACGUCCAAACUCUCCUGUACGGCGUCCCCCCGUUGGACCACGGCCGCGAUCCCCACAACACUGGACACCUGAUCGUCAUCGGAUACCUGCUCCUUCCCCAUUCGACACUGUCACCCGUUCACCUACCGCACCUAAGAUUUCACCCCCGAGGCCAUCUCUGGUUGCUCCUGUCUACAAAGAAAACAGGGCCAACUCUUCGCUUGGGGGUACGCCUAUCUCAUCCACUAGGCCCCCGCUGCCCCCUCCGACACUCUCGCUAUCCGUAGAUGAACAAAUCAAGCGAAUGCCGAUCGGUGUACCGGAAAAAAACUCUAUGAAAUUCAAAAAUGGCUAUUUUGUCAACCGGUGUGAGGUCCUCGCGCAUGUGUACUUCGGUCCGGAAAAGGUCUUUGUCGGGGUUGUACGGCUGUGUGGUUUAACAAGCGACGUGAAGAAGGAUCUCCUUGCAUCAAAAGGAGCGAAAAGAGGAUCCUUCGGGAACUUUGAGAUGUGGUUCAAGAAUAUCUGCACGCACGACGAGUAUACUGCUCUUUGUAAAGCAGAGGAGGAAGCAGGGGGCUCGAAUACUGUUUUACGCACCUGUUGGAUGGAGGGGUUUGCGAAUACCAACCCAGACAUAUUUCGUAUGUCGGAAAACCUCUUCUCGGAAAAUACGGUCGCUAUCUACUACCCUCCUGGUCUGAAUGGUUUCGUGUGGCUUGCCUAUUCUCCCAAGUCCCAUGUUUUCACCCAUCUCACCCAGCCCCAAAUCAAAAUCAGCCGGUGGAUUCCCAUUCGCCUUGCUGUGCGGACCCCUCUGGCGCCUAUCAAUGCCUUGAAAUUCACGUCCGUGAGACUGGAAUGUGAACCCCGACAACAAGUGGCCACGGAUAUGGCCAUCGUCCCAUCCAGCCAAUCAGCUGCAGGUGAACGUGAGGCGCGGGAUGCUCCUGUUGGGCCUUUUCUCAACAGGGCGGCGGAUGGUGAGCAUCAAACGAGCAGGCUGGGGCUCUCAGACCAACACACAGACUCCCCAUCCGACCCUCGCCUCAGGCGCCGGUCAUCUAUUACGACGAGUGCACAGCCAUUGCAGGGUCAGGCUCGAACUAUGGAAAUGGGGGUUGACAAGAGCAAUAACCAUCAUUCUGAAGGCGCCAGCUUGCAAGAGCCGUCAGAUAUCAUGGAUACGAGCCCAGACAACACGGAACCUGCCCACUUACCCUUAGCGACAGGUACUCAAAAUCCCCCUAUGUCAGGUGUGGCAGACCCUAAUUCCAUGCUUGUCGAAUACUUUGAAUCACAGGUCAGAAUGACUUUUAAAGAGCUCGCUUCUGUGACUGGGAGACGAAAUGGCCCUGCUGCAGAUAUUUUCUACCUGCACCUUCCAGAAAAUGAAGAGGGUCAAAAUGACUGCACUCUUCUGAAGGCGUGGCUUGAUUUGCACGGAGCCAUCGUAUGGACAGAUUGGGGGAAGUUCAUCAAAAAUAGCAAAUGUGGCAUCAUUCUAUUCCAUGAAUCUUUCGCCAAGUACUAUAUGCUGCGGCCCAAUAUUAGUGAUGCUUUGGCGAACUCAUCAAUGGGCUUUUGGACUUUCCGCAUCUCAAGGCCCCUGGACUUUCCUGACCUUCGGUAUUGCCAGAAUGGGGUCUAUUUCCAGCGGAUCUUUGGCCGCGGAGGCGCUUUCUUGAUGUCUGAAGACCUGCUUCAAGAUCUAAACCAGGCGCUCGUCAUUGUCUGCUGGUUCUACGGUGUUCAAAGUUCCAAUCCUGGUGCUUGGAAACUGGUCUGUUGGCCAAGCGUGGUGGAACGCCUUGAGCAAAGGCUCGAUGAUCCGAAUCAAACCAAGGAUGAGCAGAAACUUCUGGUCGCCCUUCUCUGGUGGAUCAGGAAAUGCAACUCUGUCGAUAAGCUUCGACCCUACUUCCAGGACGACAGCCUAAAUCAGGCAAAGCUGGACGCUCCUAACAAUAAUGUCAUAGCCCUCACAGUGGCAGGAUAUGGAGAACGUUCAGAACAUGUGACCCCCGAGCUGCCUGGCGGUCUAACACAGACCGAGCGCAAUGCCGAUCACCUUGCCGAGGCCUUUGCAGGCUGGACCCUCGAGAACACGGCCCGUGUCCGAAAGGCAUACAUAAUCUCGAACUGCAGCAACGAGGCCCUGCUCAAGCGGUGGGGAAGGUGGGCCCACGUCAUCGUGUUCAGCAUGGAGUCAUUUCUCGGCAGAUUUAAAAUAGAUGCAAAGGAAAUGCUCAAAAGAGCAGAAGGCAGGGGCAGGCCGCGAUCACCGAGCAAGUCGAGCAAGUCGAGCAAGUCGAAUCAACCAAGUCACCGAGCUGCCAGUGGCUUUUCUUCUCCAUAUCAGACUCCCCAGACUCCCGUAGCUGCCGCGGGCAGCGUCCGAGCCCCGGGAGAACCAACUGCAGACUGCGCGAGCCGUCCAAGACCAGGCGAAUGGAGGCAACCACAUAGGCACGACGCUGAUCGGUAUCCAGCACCCUACCGUUGA